CAACGGGUAGGGUGCUCGUCAGUCUGUUCUCGUCCGGACCAAUGGCUCGCUCCGCACCCCCGCCGCGCCCCGGCGUCCUCCGUUCCGUUGCGCACAGCCACACGCGGGCUGCGGCGAGCACUCUCGCCGUCGCGAUCGCGACUAGCGCGCUCAUCCGCCUCCUAAUUUUGGCCUCCCCAACCUCCCCCUCUCACCCCUCCCUCCCUCCCUCCCUCCCUCUCCAUGACUGCACCUCCAGGCCACCCCGAGCCCGCUCCCCUCACCCUACACUGCCGCCGGGACCCUCGCACCCGUCGAUCGCCGUGGCAAUGCAGCACGCCAGCGACCACCCCGCCGGCGGGGGCGGGAGCGCCGAGGGGGAGGCCUUCGUCCCGCGCGGCGGGCCCCAGCAGGGCCUGCGCCGCCGCACCGGCCCCGUCCCGCUCGACUACUCAAGCCCCCGCAGCGGCCGCGCGGGCGACGGGAGGCGCUCCACCUUCCGGGAGGACGUCGGGCACGCCGCCGCCGAGACGUACCUCGUCACGGGACUCGCAUUCACCCUGCUCGGAUACCUCGGGGUUGGUUAUCGGUGGAUAUCGCAGCUUAUUGCACUCCUUGUGUAUGCAGUUUUACUCAUGCCUGGUUUCAUAAAAGUUGGGUACUACUAUUUCUUUUCAAGUCAGGUUAUUAGAAGUGUAGUCUAUGGAGAACAACCAAGAAAUAGGUUGGAUUUGUACAUGCCCAGAGAUAACAGCAAAUCCAGUCCAGUUGUGGCAUUUGUAACUGGUGGAGCUUGGAUCAUUGGUUACAAGGCGUGGGGUGCUCUCCUUGGAAGGCGGUUAGCAGAGAGAGGAAUUAUAGUAGCUUGUAUUGAUUACAGAAAUUUCCCUCAAGGAACAAUAAGCGACAUGGUCACUGAUGCUUCUGAGGCAAUAUCAUUCAUCUGUAAAAAUGUUGUUAGCUUUGGAGGGGAUCCUGAUAAAAUUUACUUGAUGGGUCAAUCAGCAGGAGCACAUAUUGCGGCCUGUGCUCUCUUAGAGCAAGCAGUUAAAGAAUCCAAGGGAGAGAGUACCUAUUGGAAUCUGGCUCAAAUAAAAGCGUAUUUUGGUUUAUCUGGAGGAUACAACAUCCAGAAUUUGGUUGAUCACUUUCAUGAACGUGGUCUUUAUCGUUCAAUAUUUCUCAGCAUAAUGGAGGGAGAGGAAUCACUGCCACGUUUCUCACCUGAAAUUGUCGCCAAAAAAUUAAGUGCAGAAACCAUAUCUCUGCUACCUCAGAUUGUACUACUGCAUGGAACAGCAGAUUACUCCAUACCAUCAUCUGCGAGUGCAACUUUUGCGGAUGUUCUUAAACAAGCUGGUGGAAAAGUAGAGUUACAAUUGUAUGAAGGGAAAACACAUACUGAUGUAUUUUUACAGGAUCCACUAAGGGGUGGCAGGGACAAAAUGCUUGAAGAUGUUUUAUCUGUCAUUCAUGUUGAUGAUGCAAGUGCGCGUGAGAAGGCCGCUUCAGCACCUACCCCGGAGCGCCUGGUUUAUGAGUGGCAAAUUAAAUUGGCCCGCCAAAUUAGUCCCUUCUAAACAGGCCUGUACAGAGAAAGGGUUUCCUCCGCAUGCAUGCACAAGAAAGCUAUGCAUCUGCGCAUUGUGCCAACAUGGGGAACUACAUAGGGUCCAGGAAUUUUCAGAGUUUUCACUGGGUCAAGGAAAUGCAGCUUGUACGCAGUGCUCGGGGGCGCCAGUUGCCACUGAUGGAAGAUCUGAGGGGCCUCUUGGCUGUAGCCUGUAGGCAGUGCUCUACUACUUCCUUAUACUCUACGCCUAGAUGUGUUUACCUUCCUUGUUUUCUUUGGACAAAAUGUAUAAAAUCCUAAUACAAUUCUGUAAAUAGAAUAGGAGGUUGUUUGAUCAUAAGAAUAUAUCGCCAAUUCAUGUGAGAAAUGUUAGUAGGACCUA